CUUCUCUUCUCUCUCCGUAGUAUUAGUGAUGAUGAUGAAGUGCCUCCAGUGUCCAGUAAGUUCAGGAACAUCUACCCCAUGAACAGUUAUGAGGACAGCAGUGUGGUGUCGGCCGCUGUCAACGGACUUCACCGUAACAUCAACGGGGAUGCCGUCAACGCAGCACUGAAGCCAGGGUCUCCUCAGAUUACCAGCAGCAGCAGCUCAUCAGAGGGUGAUGAGGAGGAAGCUAAUAUUCAGGCUGGUGGGGAGCCCCCGGGGAAGCAGGAAGUACUUUCCCUGGGAAAAACGGCCAGUCCGCCACCCUCUUACAGCCAUCAGCAGGUAGAACAGGUCCAGCAUGCCUGCGAGUGCCACGUGUGCAACCAGGACCCAAACCCCUCGACCCCGGGCCCCGCUGCCUGCCUGCCCCCCAGCCGGAUCCACGCCGUGCCUCCUCCCACUGUCGGACACCAGUUCUUUCCAGACACCAAGGCGCCCCCUGCUCACCCUGCCCUCCACUUGUACCCGCAUAUCCACGGGCACCUGCCCCUGCAGAACUUUUCCCGGCCCCUUCUCCACCCGACACUCUACCCACCCAGCCCACCUCUCACACACAACAAGCCUCUGCCCCCAAACCCAACAUCCAACCAUUCAGCAGCCAAGCAGCCAGCAUUCAGCACAUCCUUACCGGACCAUGUAUACCAGAACUGCUUUGGUGGGACGGGCGGAGCGGGCGAUUGGAAUACCUCACUACAGUGCCUCUCUCUUAAGUUUGAAAAUCUGUGGGAUGCUGCUGUGAUGAAGAGCUGGAACCCAUCUGUGCUGCUGCCCGAAUGUCUGCCAGGUGAAAUGCUGGGACCUCCGCUCCCCGACGUGCCCCUCCCGCCAACAUCCAUUGGCCUCCCGGGGGAGCAUCCCCCGCUGCCCACACCCCUGCCCACAUCUUCGUCGUCGUCGCUGUCCUCGUCGUUGUCAUCUUCGUCGUCGUCGUCGUGCUCCUCUUCAGAAGCCAAAGAGCCGAAGAAGACCGGCGCCAAGAAGAAGUGUCUCUACAACUUCCAGGAUGCCUUCAUGGAGACCAACCGGGUGGUGAUGGCCACGUCCGCCGCCACGUCCUCCGUGUCCUGCACUGCCACCACUGUCCAGUCAAGUAAUAACCCACCCAUCCAUCUAGCAUCUAAAAGACCCAACACUAUAGACGAUGUAUUUCACAGUUUAGGUAAAGAUGAUCACAGACAGCCCAUGUCAGCAGCUCCUAGGAACAACUCCAUGGGACUGAGUUCUCUCCCUUCACUCUCUGGCCCCACCCUGCCCCCAGCACCAGCCUCACACCUCCCUGCCAUGACCCCACAAUCCUUUCCAAAGAUGGCCGCUCCGGCUCCAGACUUUGUGGAUUCUCAUCAGGGCCUUUGCCUCCCGCCUGCUGAACCUCCAGCGCCCUCUAUGGACGGUCCGAUCAGCGCCCCAACUAGUGUCUGCAGUGAUCCUGACUGUGAAGGCCAUCGGUGUGAAGGCAGCGGAUCGUACGAACACCAGCCGUACGAUGGAGAGGAGAGUCCAGAUGAGGACAGCUGCUCCGAGCACAGCUCCUCCACCUCCACCUCCACCAACCAGAAGGAAGGGAAGUACUGUGACUGCUGCUACUGCGAGUUCUUUGGGCACGGCGGGCCUCCAGCUGCUCCGACCAGCCGAAAUUAUGCAGAGAUGAGAGAGAAGCUGCGCUUGCGUCUCACAAAGCGCAAAGAGGAACAGCCGAAGCGUGAGGAGCAGCAGCCAGUAAUAGAAAGAGACGGCGGGGUGGAGGACCACAGGCGGGUGGAGGACCUCCUCCAGUUCAUUAACAGUGCAGACAACAAACCUGCAUCCAGUACCAAGGCAGCCAAACGAGCCAGACAUAAACAAAAAAAGAUGGAGGAGAAAGCUCGUCUGGAGGCAGAAGCGCGCGAAAGGGAGGAGCAGCAGCUGCUGGAGGAGCAGCGGCGGCGUCAGGAAGAGGAAGAGGCGGCACUUCAAAAGGAACUGUUACGGCUGCAGGAACUGCAGCAGCAUCGUGCCGCCAAGAAGAAAAAGAAAGAGAAAGCAAAGGAGAACACCACUCCCCCUCAAAAUAACCCACAGCCCCUCAAACAGACAGCUCAGAAUGUCCUAGAUAACCUUCAGAACGGAAACUCGCAGCUGCUUCAAAACCUUCUCCGCUUCCCAGAGCAAAAAGAAGCCAGAUUAGAACCCGUACCCCAGCCCAGCUCCAGGUGCCCCGUUGAGAAGACCCACACCCCCGACUCCACCGUUAGCCUCUUCAACGGCACAUCUUCCACCGUUGGCUAUAAGAGUAAAGCCAAGCAGUCAGGGAAAGUGUUGCCAUGCGACUCGGUGUCAAUGAGAGUCCCAGAGUUGCCCAAGAGCUUGGACAAGGUUGCAAAGACUAACUGCACCGCACCCCCCACCACAGCAGAUACCAAAGCGACACGAGUCAGGCCCACUGAGACCACAGCUGCUACACCCACCACUGAACCACACAGGGAGGAAAGGAGCAGCAGCAGAUGUGUCAGUGGAAAAAGGCAGCAACCAGAACAGCCCCUUACCCAAAUCAAGGACACCAGGACGAGCCCCCUCAUGUCAAAUCCCUCGCCAUCCCCCCCACCAGCCUCCCACUUUGAGCCCCAACAGAACGGCAAACCUCCCACUGCAGAGUCACCGCAGCCCAAAGGCAAGAGUAAGAAAAGCAAGAAGAAGAAGGGGGACAAGAUGAACACCUCAAUAGAUGAUGUAUUCUUGCCCAAAGACAUCGACCUUGAUAGCACAGAAAUGGACGAGACAGAGAGGGAGGUGGAGUAUUUCAAAAGAUUUUGCUUGGACUCUGCCAGACAGACCCGUCAGCGGCUCUCCAUCAACUGGUCGAACUUUAGCUUGAAAAAAGCUACAUUUGCUGCACACUAAGGGUGUUGUUAACAUGUCAGACUACAAACCAGAACCCUUAUUGCUAUAAGAAAACUUGCCCCAAAAGCCUCCACCCCUGACCUGAUAGUGCCCCCUCCACCUACAGAAUCUCUCUCCUGCUGUGCCCAAAUCACACCCACGCUGCCUUGCUUUGUUCUUGUUCCUAUGUGGUUCCAACACAAAUCCAUCUGGACUAAUUUACCUGCACAGAUUAAAUGGAAAUAACACAAAAAGAAUCAUGAAAUGCUACUUCACAUCUGAUUAAUCUUCCUUGCGUGCUUGUGUGCUUUUAGUCUGAGAUGAAGGUUUCUUUUGACUAAAAUAGCCAUUGGCAAACCUGUAGUCAAAAGAUGCUUACUAUUUCUGGAUGGUUUCCUUCUGAAAAAAAAAGGAGACUAUGGAAACUACAAAAAAAGAGAAAUUACUGAAUUAAAGGUGUAUUUGACAUUUUGUGGCUUACUAUCCUAUCGUUCCACAGCGUCUGAUCCACUCGAUUGACAAGGGAAUAGGCUUGGUUAGCUGGUUUCCACUUCCCUCUGCCUCCACCGCCUCCAUCUGAUUUCAUAGAAAGGAGGAAGCCGUAAUACUUGACACUGUUCUUCUUUUGGUUUUAAAUUCUGUUUAAAAAAAAAAGAGUCAAAUUAGUUUCUUUUUUUUCUUUUUUGACCUGUAGUCAGCUUGUGUCAAUACUUUCAGAAUGAAAUCAAAAAAGAACAAUACUCACACUAUCAACAUGUUAUAGAGUGUAUAUUGUAUUAACACUGAAGCCAGUCUGGCUACUUUUUAACAUAUUGUUAAGUAAUAUUAAAUCUUGUCUUUCUUUUUGAAAGAUGGAAUACAGUAGUAUGGCAGGC